GGAGGAGGGGGCAGCGGCUCAGAGCUCUGCCUGAGGCACCAGACACGGCCAGCCGGCCAGCCAGCCAACAUGGGCGCCCCCUCCUCACUCGCUGCCGUCCUUCUGGCCAUGCUCUGGGCACAGGACAUCAGCUGCUCUGCAGAGGUGGUUCCUGCUGCCCCGUUCCUGUACCUAAGGCAGCAGAAGGCUGGAACAGGAAGGGUUAAGCGGGCUUGGGUGAUCCCGCCCAUCAGCGUGUCUGAGAACCACAAGCGGAUCCCUCACCUUUUGGUGCAGAUUAAAUCCGACAAGCAGCAGCCCGGGGGAGUCAUCUACAGCAUCCGGGGCCCAGGCGUGGACGAGGAGCCGCGGGGAGUUUUCUCCAUCGAUAAGCUCAGCGGGAAAGUCUACCUCAACACUCUGCUGGACCGGGAGAAGAAUGACCACUUUCGGCUCCAGGCCUUUGCGCUGGACCUGGGCGGGGUGCCCCUGGAAGAUCCCACCGACUUGGAAAUCGUGGUCAUGGACCAGAACGACAACCGGCCGCUCUUCCGGCAAGACGUGUUCUCGGCGCACGUGGUAGAGGGAGCUGCCCCAGGUACCUUCGUGAUGAAGGCAGAAGCGACGGACGCAGAUGACCCUGAGACGGACAACGCGGCACUGAGAUACUCCAUCCUGGAGCCUGCCCUGCAGGACCUCUUUGAAAUGGAUGCGCUCUCUGGGGAAAUUCGCACAGCUCAAGUCAAGCUUGACCGGGAGGUUGUUGGCACUUACAACUUGACCCUGCAAGUGGCCGACAUGUCGGGGGAGGGGCUCGCCACCACGGCCAGCGCAGUUAUCCAUGUGGAGGAUAUCAACGACAACCCCCCAGAGUUCUCCACAAAGGAGUUCUUCAUGGAGGCCCCGGAGAACAAAGUGGACGUGAUCGUUGGACACCUGAUGGUCCAAGACAAGGACCUGCCCGGCUCUCCCAACUGGCUGGCCAAGUUCACCAUCCUGGAAGGGGACCCGGAGGGAGCUUUCGCCAUCCAGACGGAACCCCUCACCAACAACGGCAUCGUCUCCCUCGUGAAGGCCCUGGACUACGAGCAACAGGAUCAUUUUGAGCUGCUCGUCUCCGUCCAGAACCGAAGUCCCCUGGAGCUGUCGGCCCCCAAGGCUGCCCGGGCUUUGGCUACCAUACAAGUGCAAGUCCUGGAUGCCAACGAAGCGCCCUUCUUCCGGGAGAAUCCCUGGCGAGGGAGGGUGGACGAAGGCACACCCCCCGGCACGGAGAUCACCGUCUACCGCGCAAGUGACCCCGACAUCCACCAAGCUCAAGAGAUCAGGUACUCCCAGGCCUCCAGCGUGGACGACUGGCUUCAGAUCGACCCUGAGUCGGGUCUAGUGCGCACACGGGACACAGUACCCCCACGGGCAAGUUUCCCAGAGGGGUGGUACACCACCCAGAUCCUGGCGUGCGACAACGGACGCCCCUCCCUCACGGCCACAGGGACCCUCUCCAUCGAAGUGGUGGAAGUCAACAACCAUGCGCCACUCCUGAUCCGAGGCUCAGGGGAGCUCUGCCAGCAGGGGGGCAGCCUGGUGCUGAGCGCCACCGACCAGGAUCUGGCCCCUCAUGCCGAGCCCUUCCACUUCCGCCUCAGCACCAGCAGGACCCAACUGGCCCACAACUGGAGCCUGAGCCACACCAAUGCCACCCACGCCCUGCUGCAGCCCCACGGAGAAGUGGCCGAAGGGCUCCACGUCCUGCCCCUCCUGAUCAGCGACUCGGGGCAGCCCCCACGGGAGCGGGAGCAGCUGGUGAAUGUCACCGUGUGCCCCUGCGGUCAGGAGGGCUCCUGCCAAGCCCGUGCCGCUGCCGUGGUGGGCGCCAUGACUGGCCUCGGCUUUGGAGCCCUGAUGAUUAUCCUGAGCAGCGCUGCCCUCCUCCUGGUGCUGGCGUUGCUGGUGGCUGGCUUGGAGCGCUCCCGCCGCCAGGCCUUCCGCAAGAGCCUGCUGGGGGGCUCGCAGGAUGACUUACGGGACAAUGUCCUCAACUACGACGAACAGGGUGGAGGAGAAGAGGACCAGGAUGCCUACGACAUCAACCAGCUGCGCAACCCCGACCUGCUGUUCCCCCCUCCCUCCCCCCGGGUCAAGCCCCCACUCCGGAAGGACCAUCCCUACGGUUACAGCUUCCCUCAGUACCCGCGCCGAGUGCCCGCCUGCCCUUCGGACAUAGAAGAUUUCAUCAACGAGGGUCUGGAAGCCGCAGACGCCGACCCUGCCGUGCCUCCCUACGACACAGCUCUCAUCUAUGACUACGAGGGGGACGGCUCAGCCGGAGGGUCCCUCAGCUCCAUUCUCUCCAGCAUGGCAGAUGAAGAUCAGGAUUACGACUACCUCAACGAGUGGGGGCCACGCUUCCGGCGCUUGGCAGAGCUGUAUGGCCAAUAAGGAGAAGCCAUGUGGGGUGGGAGGGGGGAAGAGACAGUUCGGAAAGUGCCAAGACACUUGGUGGGCAUCCCGGCAGCCACGGAAAGGCCCCGAGACUUCAACAACAACCCAAAAUAGUCUGCAGCAAGCCUCGUUCCUGGGGGGCCUGGCGAGGUGUGAAACCAGCCCCUCUUCCCAGUGCAUCAACAGAAAGGUCACCAUGGGGCACAGCCUCAGAGGUCUCUUAGCUAGUGGCACACCUGGAGCAGAGUUCCUUGGGAGUCAGGAGCAGCGCCCAUGGGGCAGACCCGAUGCUCUCAGGAGGCCAAAAGCCAAUUAGGAUGUUGCAAGGAGAGUAGAUAGGCCUGAAAAGGGGGGGGAGGGGGAGACACCUCCCUUUCAGACGGGGGAGAGCAAGAGAAUGAAGCGACAGGGCAGUUAGCAAAGGCCAAGCAGUUGAAAGCAGCCAAACAGGGGCAAACAGCAGGGAGACGAUGAAAAAGUGGUUGCACUAAGAGGUAAAGCUUUACAUUAAAAAAAGGGGGGGGGGACAGGAACCAGACUGGGAAACAGGCAAGGCACAUACGGGGGAGGGGUAGGAUAAGACUCCAGCCAUGAGCUGCUUUGUGAAGAGGGAGCGCCUCCUUUCUGCCCACACCAGAUCAGUGUGGGCAAGGCUGAAGUUGCCAGGUCUCCAGGAAACCCCGGCCAAAGGAAUACGUGGCCCUACUUUAGUGUGCCUGCCCCUGCCUGGCUCCCCCCUGCCCCCCACCUGGCCGCAGCAGCCUAAGAUCCGGUUCUCCUGGCAGAGAGUGGGUCAGUGCAGUUGGGCCUCUCAAUACCUACCAUUACAGAGGAUGCAGCCCCCCCCCCCCCCCCGUGUGGCCUCUACUGGAAGACUUGGGGGGGGGGGGGGUGGAAACAUAGCCAAGAAAUUACUACGGCACCUUCGGCCUCAGAGAAGUGAUGGUGGCAGCUGAAAAUAAAAACGUGAGAGCUGGGUGAGCCAGA